AUCUUGGCCAGAGCAAAACACUGAAUGUGUGUCACGCGCGGGGGUUCUGGGGGAUUUGACCUACUUUCCACAGAAACCUCGCUGCGGCGUUAAGACUUGGAAAAGGUACGCUAAUUUUACGCGUAUUGCGUUUUUAGCAGUAGUGAGAUUAAAAAAAUCAUUGUUAUUUGACAUGUUACAAUUUAAAUAUUGAAUGGAGUAGUGCGGGUCACGUGACAACGGGCAGUCCUGCCAUCAAAACAAACAACGUUACUGCAGAUGAGUUUAUUAUUACUUCGCUGCUCUUGUUGUGCUUGUAGCUCAGGUCGUUUCACUUCUGUUCUUGAUUAGAAAGUGCAUUAGUAACGUUAGUGGAUUUAAUCUCCCUCAUCUAGAUCUCUGCUUUCACUCGAAUGGAAUAUGUCCAUUACACCAGUUGCAUGUUAUUUUGGACUGCUGGAAGAGCAGGAGGAGGACAUUAAACCUCAAGCAGCAGUAGUUCGGCGGAACCUGUUUGGCCCAGUGGACCACCAGCAGUUACAGCAGGACUUCCAGAGGCUAUUCUGCAUGAAUGUGGAGAUCGCCAAACAGCGCUGGAACUUUGACUUUCAGAUGGACCAACCAGUCCCCGGCUGCAUUGAGUGGGAGGAGCUGCGGUGCCAGGAUGUGCCAGUGUUCUACCAUAGCUGUGUGUUCAGGCCCGGUAUGGCAAAGCAAACGGUGGAAGCUUGUUCGUCUCCAGCUAUGGCCACAGAGAAAUAUCUGGAGCUGCGGACCAGAGGAACUCUGAGGGGAACCAAGCCAGAGAAGAGAAUGGCUGCAUUGCUAGGGGUCAAACGCAGACAAGCAAGCAUCACAGACUUUUUCAGAGUGUCUAAAAGAAGAUUUCCUGAUCGCAAAGCCUCAUCAGGACAGUAAACAGACAUUGGACCUUUUUUGUAUAAAUGCACAUACACUAUCUGCACAUGUAGCUAUUCUAACUGACCAGCAAAGGCUUUAUAGGAUGUAUAUACUGUACAUAUGCACGCACAGAUACAUUUUAUAUACACAAAUGUGUAUGUAUAUUUUUUUACUAAACGCAGUACCUAUUAAAGGAACCCAUUUUAUUGUUACAACAUGGAAUCAAGAGAUUUAAGUAAAUGUGAAAAAGUCAAAUAUUCAGAUUUUAUAGUGCAUAUGAAUAAUUCAAAGCAAUUAAUUACAGUAAUUAAAUGAGAAUUCACUCUUACAAAAUCAACUAAUAAAUUUUAAAUUCAUGACAAAAUGAAAAAUAUAUAUAUGUUUUUAAUGUUUUAUUGUUCCAUGUUGUUCCAUUAAAAAAUGUUAGGAAUGCACUAUAUAAAUAGUGUAUUUCUUAUUUUUUUGUUGUGCACACAAACAAUUACUGUGAACGUUUACAGAAAUGCACUAUAAAAAGACUGUUUGGUCAUAAACUUUACAUUUAUCAGAUUCAAAAUUCAAAAUGCAUUGAUCCUCUUAAGUGGCAUCAGUGCACACAAUCUACAAGUUAACAGUGUCAUACCAUUAUUCUGUUCCGUUUUUAUUUACUUAUUUUCCUGUUUUCAUAUAUUACAAAAAAGGGUAACACUUUAGUUUGGGGACCAGUUCUUACUAUUAACAUGUUGCAUGCAUAUUACUAGCAUAUUGUAUUACAUGCAUAUUAGUACUUAUAAAGCACAAAUGAAUGCCUUAUUCUGCAUUACUAUAUUUUAGGUUACUUAAUCCUACCGCAUAUCUAAACCUAACAACUACCUUACCAACUAUUAUUAAGCAGCAAACUAGGAUUUUAUUUAGGCAAAACUCAUAGUUGGUCCCCAAACUAACAUGUGACCCAAAAAGAGGCAAUUAAUGUUUUUCAUGAAGCAUAUUAAAAUUGGGGGGUUGAUGUGACUUUUAUUCAUGUUUGUAAAAGGUUAUUUCCUUUAAAAUAUUAUUUGGGUCCGAACAAGUUUCUUAUGAGUGUGCAUGAGGCUCCGUCUUGCACACCUUGGGGAAAAUUGAAUAUGUUGACAAGCUACUUUUGUAUGUAUCUUAAGUUUGAAUCUUACUUUUAGUAUUAGCAUAUCAAUUGCAAGGACAUUUCCACCAAUCAUUGUACAAUCAUUUUUUAAAUACUGUAUUUUGCUUUGUGCAUGUGAGAUAUAAUGUAUGAUUAUGUGCUGAAUUAGCCAUACAUUUGACAUUUUUUUCUUGAUAUUAAAGAGGCAGCUUAUGCAAUUAACCAAAGUAAUUGUUCCACAAUAAAUAGGAUGCUUAAAAGUAA